AGCGAGCCUGAAUCCGUCCGCGGUAAUAUCCACCCACUGGUGUGGACGUUAUUUGUGGCUCUAUCAUCUCUACAGUGACAAGCCUCGAAAGAGCAUUUUACUUUUACACACUGUUUAGCGUCGACACCGUGCGUGUGUGCUAAUAAAAAAAAAAAAAAAAAGCUAUAAGUGGGUGUGUGAUAAGCUGCAUAGUCUAUGCCUCAUCAAAUAGCGCUCUCUCGGCAGCGCGUUAGUGUUGCUCUCCUGCACAGGGUUCUGAUUGCGGAAUAGCUGAUCACUGAGGAUCAUCAUGCAGAAACGGAGGAAGCCAGAACCGAUCCAGCUCAACCCGAUUCCGGACGGGAAUGCUGUUAACGGAACCGGGGCCACAGAGACAAACCUAGAGGCCCUGCAAAAGAAGCUGGAGGAGCUGGAGCUAGAUGAGCAGCAGAGGAAGCGUUUGGAGGCCUUCCUAACCCAGAAGCAGAAGGUAGGAGAGCUGAAAGAUGACGAUUUUGAGAAGAUUUGCGAGUUGGGAGCAGGCAAUGGUGGCGUGGUCUUCAAGGUCUCGCACAGACCAUCUGGACUCAUCAUGGCCAGGAAGCUGAUCCACCUGGAGAUCAAGCCAGCCAUCAGGAACCAGAUCAUCCGAGAGCUGCAGGUGCUACAUGAAUGUAAUUCUCCCUACAUUGUGGGAUUUUACGGGGCCUUCUACAGUGACGGAGAGAUCAGCAUCUGUAUGGAGCACAUGGACGGUGGCUCCCUGGACCAAUCACUGAAGAAAGCGGGCAAGAUUCCAGAGCAAAUACUGGGCAAAGUUAGCAUUGCGGUGAUAAAAGGGCUGUCGUAUCUGAGAGAGAAGCACAAGAUCAUGCACAGAGAUGUGAAGCCUUCCAACAUCCUGGUGAACUCACGUGGAGAGAUUAAGCUGUGUGACUUUGGCGUGAGUGGGCAGCUCAUCGACUCCAUGGCCAACUCAUUUGUGGGCACGAGGUCCUACAUGUCUCCGGAGCGUCUGCAGGGCACACACUACUCUGUGCAGUCCGAUAUCUGGAGCAUGGGGCUUUCAUUGGUGGAGAUGGCCAUUGGUCGCUUCCCCAUCCCACCACCUGAUGCUAAGGAGUUGGAGCAAAUCUUUGGCCUUCCCAUGGAGGGUGACCCCUCAUCCAGUGAGGCUUCCCCCAAACCCAGGCCCCCGGGACGGCCCGGCAGCUCAUACGGACCUGACAGCAGACCUCCGAUGGCCAUCUUUGAGCUGCUUGACUACAUUGUCAAUGAGCCACCACCCAAGCUGCCAAGCAUCUUUGGCACGGAAUUUCAAGAUUUCGUUAACAAAUGUUUAAUAAAAAACCCAGCAGAGAGGGCAGAUCUGAAGCAAUUGAUGGUCCAUCCCUUCAUUAAGACGUCAGAAGCAGAAGAAGUGGAUUUUGCCGGGUGGCUCUGCAGCACCAUAGGCUUAAAUCAGCCAGGGACCCCAACUCACAGUGUGGGGAUAUAAAAGGGAAUUACUUUACCUAAUCACACAGACACACACACACACACACACACACACACACACACACACAGCAAUGUUUUUAUUUGGGCUCCAAUUCAACAGCAGUCUGUUCAGUAGUCAGUCACUGCCUCUUGUAAUUCUUUAUUUUGAUGUUAUAAGUAUUGAACUGAGGUUAAUGAAUCAUAACAAGACCCACAAUCUGUAUUAGAUGUCAAGGUUUACUUGGAAAAAAAACACUCAAAGUGGUCUUGAACAUCUGAAGCUCAGAAUUUUUCCCCCCAAAAUAAUGUCAUUACAAAUAAUUCUGUUGAAUUGCAGGUUAGGUCAUAUCAGAGAAUAUUUAAAAAUUGUAUAAACAAAACUGCCCUUUUAUAAAAAUGUUUAUUGUUUGAGGGCACUACAAUUCUCCAUUUGAGUGAAAAUAUGCAUAUUUUUAUAAAGUAAAAAUCUAUUGCAUCACAGCCAAAGCAUGGUCCCAGGGUACUGCAAAACCAAGGCCUCUUUUACACAUUAGGAUAAGAUGAACACUUCAGUUAGCUUUUAGCUUUUAAUUGAUUUUUAUUACAGCAGUUAAACUUAUUGUCAGCGUAAUAGCAAAGUAAUCAUUUGUUAAAAUGGGUUAGUAUAAAAUUGGAAUGUAGAAGAACUUUUAUUAUUAUUAUUAUUAUUAUUAUUAUUACUAUUAUUAUUAUUAUUAAUGAUGUUGUUGUUGUUUCUGCAGUUACACUUUUGAUGCACCAGAUGGAAUAAGACUACCUGAUUAAACAAGUACUUGUGGCCAAAUUUACUGGCAUCCAACCUUUUUAAAACCAGGUUCUAAUAAAACUAUAACAAUGUACUGUUAAGACAAGCCUUAAAAGCCUUACUAAAAGAACCAAAGCACGUUGUUGUGGUCAAUUAUCCUCAUGACCCUGCCCUUAUCCUUGAAGACACCUAGCAUCAAAAAUCAUAAUUUUUAAAUGGUUAACUCAUCUUGAAAUGGGUAUUAUGAUUAUAUACAAUGGUACUUGGGCCAAAUAUGCCACCACAGGGAAUUUUACAUUUUUAAAACCUUAAUCAACACUUCUAUACAAAACCUGUUUGAGGCACAUUAUGAGUGAGCUUAGUUUGUUUAUUCACAACAUUGUACCUAUCGUGGUCUGAAUAUGCUAAUAAUUAGAGGAUAACUAUGUGAUAACCAUACUUCCAGUUACCCAACAUGCCUCCUAAGCUAACUUGGUUAAUUAGCCAGUUAAUGAACUUAAUGAACAGCUCUUGGUUUCCCUGCUAUACUCUCACUGAGCACUUUAUUAGGAGUGCCUGUACACAUACUCAUUCAUGCAAUUAUCUGAUCAGCCUAUCGUGUGGCAGCAGUGCAAUCCAUAAAAUCAUGCAGAUACGGGCCAGCAGCUUCAGGAAAUGUUCACAUCAACCAUCAGAAUGGGGGAAAAAUGUGAUCUCUGUGAUUUUGACCAUGACAUGACUGUUGGUGCCAGACAGGCUGGUUUGAGUAUUUGUGUAACUGCUGAACUCCUGGGAUUUUCAUGCACAACAGUCACUAGAGUUUAUUCAGAAUGUUGCAA